AUGAAUAUAAUCACCAGCACCAACAUCAUUGCCAUCAUCACGAGCACGAUCAGUUCGCUGCCCUCAGCACAAACGGUCAACGGAAUGCAGCGUCGUCCGCUCGCAGCCGCAGCCGCCAUUGCCUCUCCUUCUACUAGCGACGAAUCGCGGCGACGUGCAACCGUGUACGGUUUGGAGCCCGCGUUAUGCCAGCACGAGCAGCCGUCGGUGCAGUGCCUGCUGAGACUCAACCGUGACCUCGUGAACAUCUUCGACGACCCGGCGCCUGGGGUGUUCGUCGAGCCCGAAGAGAACAACAUCACCAACGUCCACGCCGUCAUCGUGGGUCCCGACAACACGCCGUACGAAGGAGGCUUCUUCCAUUUCGUGCUCAAGUGCCUCCCCGACUACCCGGCCAGGCCGCCGCUGGUACGCUUCAUGACGACGGAUGCCGGAAGGGUGCGCUUCAGCCCGAACCUGUACAGCAGCGGGCUCGUCUCGCUCAGCAUCCUGGGCACGUUUCCUGGACCCUCCUGGACUCCGGACAUGACCCUCGAGACGGUGCUCGUUUCGAUCCAGUCGUUGCUCAUCGAGCAGCCUUUGGCCAACGAGCCUGGACUGGGACGCGAGUUUGGAACCUGGCUCGAAAAGACGACCGGCUACAACGCCAGCUUGCGCUUCCAGACCCUCAGGGUCGCUAUUUGCGACGUGCUCGAGGACUGCCUCCUGGGAAACUCGUCGUACCCGAAAGUCCUGCAGCAGGCUGUGAUGAAACACUUCGUCGAGCAAUAUUCCAAGUACAAAACUGCAGCCAGCUCCCAGCUCGGUUUGAACCCGAGCCCUCUGACCGGCGUCUUGAAGGGCUCUCAGCAGUACGAAGCGCUACUCGAGCGACUGCAGGACUUAUACGGUCGAAUACUGCAAAGGAGCUCGAGUCUCACGCUGAGGAAGAUGUGA